AACCACUGUCUCAAAAGAGGAAGUGCUCACUGUUUAUUUCUAUUCUUUCACAUCCUGUCAUUUCUCUUUUAAACAGUUUACGCUUUCAUUCUCACAUUUAGUUUUUUGCAGACAAUUAGUUUUUUCCGGAAUUCUAUGAAGUUAGUUUUUGCGGCAAUCCUGUGAUCCGUUUCAGUAUAACUUCUUGUCAGAUUGAAUGUAUUUCUCUGUGUGCCACGGCAAUUUUGAUUGAUUCCGUGUUUAUGUCAGUCAGGAAUUUGUACUUAGCAGUUCUCCAAUUCGGCCUGCUUGGUGCUACUGAUCUGAAGGUAAGGUUUAUUGGUUUGGACAUUUGAUGAAAGUUUGUGUCAACCUCAGGCAGAGAUGCCCUGGGAGAGUUCACGACAGACUGAGGUUGCAUAGCAAAAUCUCCCUCUACAUUCUCAGUGAAACAAUCGGACAUAUUUUUGGUCGCACUGCAUUCCAGUAAGGCUAGUAUUCUGUCUAGCUACCGUCUGAGUUUGCUUUUGAUUUAUUUUGUUUUAUUCCCCAGGAUCAACACAAAGCGUUCAGAUGAACAGUAUCAUGUAGAGCUGAAUUAGGACUUCAUAGUUAUAAGGUUAUGUUGGCUCUGUUUCUGAAGUUUGUGUGUGCUCAGCCUAGGCAGCAGUGAAACCACAAAGAAGGAAGUGACCAAGGAAAUCUACCAAAUCAAAUGCCGGCCCUGUUUCAGUUUUCAUAUCACAGGUUUUGAAAUGACCCUCACUUUAAUUGAACUGAGUUUAAACUAUGCUGAAUUAUUAAUAACAUCCCAGGCAAGACUGAUACCAGGAACAGUUGUUUGAUAUCUUGCUCACUAAAGGAGAUAUGGAGGAUAUUUCUGAUAAGAAGCUGCAGAACGAAACUGAGGGCAUUGAGUUUUUUCCGGGUGAGAAGAGGAAAAUUAUUCAGCCGACUUCUUUGAAAGAUCCCAAACUUGAAAAGUUAAAAGUUGUCUUAGUUGACUGGAUCAACAGGACUUUAAAAGUGGAACACAUUGUGGUACAGAACCUGGAAGAAGAUCUCUUCGAUGGCCUCAUCCUCCACCACCUUCUAGGGAAGCUAGCUGGUGUGCAUCUGUCCGUGGAGGAGAUUGCGUUGACCAGCUCCGCUCAGAUCCGUAAGCUGGAAAUGAUCCUGGAGGCUCUGAAUGAGAAACUGGGGCUGCAGGACGACUCCCCCGCUAGGUGGAGCGUCAAACUCAUUCACAGUAAAGAUUUGCUGGCCACUCUCCAUCUCCUGGUUGCCAUAGUGAGGUGUUUUCAGCCUGAUCUGGAGCUCCCCCUGAACGUCAGUGUGGAAGUUGUCCUGUUGGAGGUCAACAGAAACGGAAUCAAAUCAGAAAAGAAAACAGAGAUUCUCACAGACGCAAGCGGUGAUUCAACUACAGAUUCGCAGAGCAGUUCAGACCUUGAGGACCCCAUCGAGCAGCUGCUGAAUCUUGACUCCCACAAGGUCAACAUUGUAAAGCAGGCCAUCAUGCACUUUGUCAACAAGAAGAUGUCAGCCCUGGGACUACAGGUGACAGACAUGGAGAAACAGUUUGCAGAUGGUGUGAUACUCCUGUUGCUGAUCGGACAGUUGGAAGGGUUCUUCAUUCCACUCCAUGAGUUCAACCUUACGCCAGUGAACCAUGCAGAGAUGCUCCACAAUGUGACCCUGGCCAUGGAGCACCUCAAUGACAUGGGGUUACCUGUGUCCAACGUCGACCCCCAAGAUAUAGUUUCUCAGCAGAUGACUGCCAUUUUGAAGGUCCUCUAUGCCCUUUUCAAGAAGCACAAGAGCAGAUGAGUAUGGGAAGAUAAUAGAGGAAGACAUUAGGCGGUUAACAUUCCGGACGUCAUUACCCUGAGGUCUUUCCCGACAUGUCCAGAGUCGGAUGCAUAUUCCCUGUGUGAAAGAUGAAAUUACAUUCAUUUUUAUAUCUGAUGUUGAUUUUGUGUAAAGCUUUGUUUACUUUGUAUCAAUAAAAAUCUAUGUUGAUGCCGAAA